UGAUAUACUUUUUAAUUUAAAAAUAAUUUAAUUAUUUUAAAUUACGCAUUUUAAAAAUCUUUUUUAAUUAUCAAGUCAAGCUAAAGAUAAUUUUUUGGGACAGAGGAAUUAUCUUACCAGGGGACAUUGCAGAUUCCGUUUUAUUAAUAUUUUAUAAAGUGGAGAUGAAUGAAAAUUGAGAAAGAUUGCAAUCUCGAAAUUUCACAAUCUUCUCUGCAUCUUAUCGCAUUUACAACAAUCAAUUAUUAGUCAAAACACAUCUUGACCUCUGUACAUUCCUCCAUCAUGGCAAAUCUCCUCUUCCUCCUCUUCAUCAUGAUCAGUUUAACUAAUGCUCCACUUUCUUCUUCCCUUGAACACCAUUCCCACUUCAUCAAACAUAGUCUUCACCACAACACUUGUUCAAAGAAAUACUCAGAAAUAACUCGUCCAUUACCCUUCGCUAACCUCACUCCUUCAUGCACUCUUCCUAUCCUCAAACACCGCUUCAGAAAUACGAUCGGUCUUCCACCUGUCUCCGUCCCUUAUGCUCCUCCAGCGAAUUGCUCGUGGACACAUGUGGCUCUCCAAUUCAACGCUUCUUGCAAAGGAUUACAGUAUGACCGUAUAGCUGCUGUUUGGCUUGACGGUACUGAGCUCUUCCGUACCAGCACCGUCGAGCCUACUGAAAACGGUGUUUUCUGGACCGUUACUAAGGAUGUUACCAGGUAUGCGUCCGUACUCGUUAAGGAGAAUAUUUCUCUUUCUGUUAUGCUGGAAAAUUCGGUCAACCAAGUUUUUACAGGUGUUUAUCAUGUUAAUGUUACUUUCUUGUACUAUGAUGUUGAGAACAUGAAUAAUGUUCCAUUAUCAAGUAGUACUAAUCAGAAAGUGAGACUGGUUGAUGAUGUGUUUGUGGAUAAUCCCACAAAACCAGCAGAUUUGAUAAUUCCAAUUUCGGAUAAUGGAGGUAAAGGAUUUUGGUUCCGAAUUCAAAGCGAUUCGGAGUUGCACGGGAAGACUGUUAUCAUACCAAAGAACACGUACAAAGCUGUGAUGGAAAUUUACGUAUCAUCUCACAGGUACGAUGAGUUUUGGUACUCAAAUCCGCCAGAUUCUUACAUACAGAUAAAUAAUUUGACUAGCCAGAGAGGCCAUGGAGCACAUAGGGAAGUUUUGUUGAAUAUAGACAUGAAUUUGGUAGGAUCAGUGGUUCCAUUCCCUGUUAUUUUACCAGGUGGAAUUAAUCCUCAGUACUGGGAUCCAAUUGUUUCAAUUGGGGCCUUUGAUUUUCCUUCUUACGAUAUCGAAUUAACUCCAUUUUUGGGGCUUUUACUUGACGGUAAAUCCCAUUUUCUGCGCCUUAGGGUGUUGGAUAGCCUCCCUUAUUGGCUUGUGGAUGCGAAUUUGCACCUAUGGGUAGAUAAAAAAUGUACAGGUGAUUGUGAAGUGCAGGCUAAAGUUAUUGAUUACGAAACUCCAGAGUUCGAGAUGGAGCGAUCUUCAGACUUUGAGGGGCUGGAUGGAUCAUAUGAGAUCGAGAUGAAGAGGGAGAGCAAGUAUUCCGGGUGGGUGAAUUCAUCAGCAGGCAAUUUGACAACUACAGUUUCGCGAGAAAUUAAGUUCAAGAACAAGAUAAAGUUUCAUGACACGGGAAAUGAAAAAAAGGUAAAGCAGAAAGUGAAAGAAGAGAUUGAAGUUAAAGUAGAGUCUGAAACGGGUACUGAGAUUUCUAAGACCAAAGUGAAGAGGAAGUUCCCGCUAACUAUAACCACAAAGACUAAGUCAUCAAGAGAGGAUGGUACAAAUUUGAUGAUUUCUGAAUUAGAACAUGAAUGGAAAGAGAAGAAGUGGAAUGUUGGAGAUUCAAAUUCUUUUUCAAGCAGUUUGAAAAAUGAGCAAAAAUGUGAAGGGUGGAUGGUUGUUCAAGAUCACAUUGUUCUACAAAGUGGAGCAACCACGGAACAGAGUUAUUCUUAUAAGGGUGAAACUAGUAGCUAUUCUCGGGAAAUUGCAGCUACCAAUGGCAAGCUUAUGAAUGACGAUGCAAACUACUUGAAGUUUGCUUCACUUUCUGAUAUGUAACACUUUUUUGAAGUGAAGAGCAGCCCCGGAGCAUAAAGUAUCCCGCAUUAGCAGGACUCAAGGAAGGGCUGCAUUUCAAGGGUAUGAUGUAGACUGUCAACCCUAAUGAGACAGUGGUUUCUUCCACGAUUUGAACCUAUAGGUCACAUGGAGACAACUUUAUUGUUGCUCCUAGGCUCCCCUUUUGUAACACCUUUUUGAAGUAUCCUUGUUAAAUAAUGCUCCCUUCUCCCAACAUUUUUUAGUCCUACAAGGAUAUCUGUGUAUUGUGUGGCAUUAGAGCAGAUUUGAUAUUAGGAAAAAUACAUAGUUUGGUCCUAAACUUGAGGCGAGUGAACAAUAAAUUUUUUGUAUCUAAAGUUUUAUGUGGA